CUGGCCAGAGACAUCAGCCUCCAGCAAAGACCUGGCCGGCACUUCCCACUCAAAACUAAAAAUAGGGAGAGAAUGGGUCAGUUUUCAAAAUCUGUGGCGUGACCGCCACUGAGAUAAACCUGCAGAUGCCUUGCCCCAAUCAAAGAGGCUGUCUCUGUACUUCCUAGUUCUCACGCUUUUGAUUUUUAGCCUCUAGAGUUCAUUGCAUACACGAGACAGUUCCUAAUAAAAGCAGGUUCCUCAUCAGCCACCCAUAAUCAAGAAAAAUUUGCCAAAUAAGUCAUCGUAGAAACUAGUUUGGGCCUGAAAAAUUCAAGGAGCAGGAGUCAAGAUCUAUCACUCCAUAAGGAUCUGGAGGAGACUCCUUUUCCCAGAAACUUGAGAGUGGUGAAGUGCUGGCUUCUUGAGGAGAUUGAAGACAUCGCCCUGGGCAUUGGCCUGAGACCUGGGGAGUCAUGGAAGCUGCUGAGAAAGAAGAAAUCAGUGUUGAAGAUGAAGCUGUGGAUAAAAACAUUUUCAAAGACUGCAGCAAGAUUUCUUUCUACAGGCGUCAGAAACAGUAUCUCUCCAAGAAGUCCACCUAUCAGGCAUUACUAGACUCAAUCACAACAAGCGAAGUCUCUACCAAGUUCAAAAUCAUCAAUGAAGCGACUAAGGUUCCUCUCCUGGCUGAAGUUUAUGGUCUAGAGGGAAACAUUUUCAGGCUUAAAAUUAAUGAAGAGGCUCCCCUGAAACCUAGGUAUGAAGUUCCCGAUGUCGUCACAAGCAAGCCAGGCACUGUAAGGCUGAUUUCAUGCUCAGGGGAUGCAGGCAAUCUAGUAUUGGCAGAUGGAAAAGGAGACCUGAAGUGUCAUAUCACAGCAAACCCAUUCAAGGUAGACCUGGUGUCUGAAGAAGAGGUUGUGAUAAGCAUCAAUUCCCUGGGCCAAUUAUACUUUGAGCACCUGCAGAUUCCUCAUAAACAAAGAACUGUUAAAGAAAACAAGGAGGAUGCAUCAAUUGACACCUCUCAGGAAAAUCAAGAGGAUCUAGGCCUGUGGGAGGAGAAAUGUGGAAAUUUUGUAGAUGUCAAAGCUAAUGGUCCAACCUCCAUUGGUUUGGAUUUCUCCUUGCAUGGAUUUGAGCAUCUAUAUGGGAUCCCACAACAUGCAGAAUCACACCAACUCAAAAAUACCGGUGAUGGAGAUGCUUACCGUCUUUAUAACCUGGAUGUCUAUGGAUAUAAAAUACAUGACAAAAUGGGCAUUUAUGGUUCAAUACCUUAUCUCCUGGCCCACAAACUAGGGAGGACUAUAGGCAUUUUCUGGCUGAAUGCCUCGGAAACACUAGUGGAGAUCAAUACAGAGCCUGCAGUAGAGUACACACAGACCCAGAUGGGUCCAGUUGCUGCUAAGCAAAAGGUCAGAUCUCAAACUCAUGUGCACUGGAUGUCAGAGAGUGGAAUCAUUGAUGUUUUUCUGCUGACAGGACCUACACCUUCUGACAUCUUCAAGCAGUACUCACACCUUACAGGCACACAAGCCAUGCCCCCUCUCUUCUCCUUGGGGUACCACCAGUGCCGCUGGAACUAUGAAGAUGAGCAGGAUGUGAAAGCAGUGGAUGCAGGAUUUGAUGAACAUGACAUUCCUUAUGAUGUCAUGUGGUUGGACAUAGAGCACACUGAGGGCAAAAGGUACUUCACCUGGGACAAAAAAAGAUUUCCAAACCCCAAAAGGAUGCAAGAGUUGCUCAGGAGCAAAAAACGUAAGCUUGUGGUCAUCAGUGACCCCCACAUCAAGGUUGAUCCUGACUACUCAGUGUAUGCUAAGGCCAAAGAACAGGGAUUCUUUGUGAGGAAACGUGAAGGGGGAGACUUCGAAGGGGUUUGCUGGCCUGGUCUCUCCUCUUACCUGGAUUUCACCAAUCCCAAGGUCAGAGAGUGGUAUUCAAGUCUUUUUGCUUUCCCUGUUUAUCAGGGAUCUACAGACAUCCUCUUCAUAUGGAAUGACAUGAAUGAGCCCUCUGUCUUUAGAGGGCCAGAGCAAACUAUGCAGAAGAAUGCCAUUCAUCAUGGCAAUUGGGAGCACAGAGAACUUCAUAACAUCUAUGGUUUUUAUCAGCAAAUGGCUACUGCAGAAGGACUGAUAAAACGAUCUAAAGGGAAGGAAAGACCCUUUGUUCUUACACGUUCUUUCUUUGCUGGAUCACAAAAGUAUGGUGCUGUGUGGACAGGUGACAACACAGCAGAAUGGAGUUACCUGAAAAUUUCCAUCCCAAUGUUACUCACUCUCAGCAUUACAGGGAUCUCUUUUUGUGGAGCUGAUGUAGGUGGGUUCAUUGGGAAUCCAGAGACAGAGCUGCUAGUGCGUUGGUACCAGGCUGGAGCCUACCAGCCUUUCUUCCGUGGCCAUGCCACCAUGAACACCAAGCGGCGGGAACCCUGGCUGUUCGGGGAAGAAAACACCCGGCUCAUCUGCGAAGCCAUCAGAGAGCGCUAUGCCCUCCUGCCCUAUUGGUAUUAUCUGUUCUACCAUGCACAUGUGGCUUCCCAACCUGUUAUGAGGCCUCUGUGGAUAGAGUUCCCUGAUGAAUUAGAGACUUUUGGUAUAGAAGAUGAAUACAUGCUGGGUGAGAAUUUCUUGAUUAAUUAUAGUUAUGAUAAACACUGUAAUUAUGUUUUUGUUAUGUUUUCUAGUAUAAGAGCACUUUAAAAAUUCCUAAUCCCAAGAAAGCCAAAAAAUAAAAAUAAAAGAAAUUCCUUCACCAAGAUUUCUAAUGCAUUGGUGGGAUCAUAGCUCUAUUCUGUUGUUGUGUAGCAUUUCUCAUAGUAUUGUUCCUGUUAACCUCAAAUAAAUCUAUUCAUGGAUGUCAUUUGGGAUUCUUGUUCUAAGUCCACUCCUCUAAGUCUUGUGAGACCACUACAGGGAAGGGAAGUAGAAGAAAGUAGACCACAUGGUUACAGUACAGAACCAGAAGAGCUUAUUUCAUAUGCAAUAACAGUUUUUUUCUUUGGUUGACCUCUUCUUUAACAAGGAUUAACUAUCAAAUGCAGAACAUGAAAGUUUGUCAUCUUAGGAACAGGGCUCCAGAAGCCAGGCUAAACAUAGAGUUUCCCAAAAGGUGAAUCCCAUUUCUAAACAUUAGAAACCCCAAAAUGGAGGGAAAAAACACAAAAAAACCUGAGCUCUUUCUCACUCAUCAUUAGAUUUCAGUUGAAUAGUUUAAUAGCCUUGGAGAAACUUUCCUGACUACUACGUGUUCUCUUAUACCUAAUUCUACUGCCCAUAGUCAAAGCCAGGCCCUCCUAUUAUGUAACUUUCAUUCCAUUUUAUACUUUUGCCUCUUUUGGCAUGUGUCUUAACUCUAAUUUGUAAUUAUUUUUUCAUAUUUGUCAUCACUGCCAUUAAACUCCAUGGAGGCAGAGACCAUGCUUGUUGUUUUGGCCACUAUAUCUCCAGAGCCUAGCACAGUGCCUGGCAUUCAGGAGAUACUCAAUAAAUAAAUAUUUACUGAAUAAAAGAACAAAUUUAUAAAUGGAUGGAUUUUACAUAUGUGUGGUACCAAGGUCAAAGCAAAAUUAAUAAUCCAGAUUGCUUCUAAGAAAACUACAGCCUUCCUGAUGAAAACUUCCCAAACAAGAGGAUCUGAGUAUCCAUACUGAUCAAACUUUUGGAUAAUAGUUAUGGGCUCACCAUCAUCAACGUCACUCACAGCAAACAACGAAGUACUUGGAGAGGUGCUUUGUGCUACCGGCACACUAGCAAUUAUGCACAAAAUGAGACUAAUAGACUGUGUCAGGGUCCCUUCCUAUAAUCUCACUAUGCAUAAAUAGAUUAAUGACAGAUGAUAAUACAGUCACCUCUUUGAGCACCUGUCCUCUUUCUAACAAUGCAGUUCUCUGAUGAAUCAUUCGUUCAAAUUACCACAGCUUCUGCCUUGCCAAAGUUCAUUAUCAGGUGGUUUUUAAAACUAUAAUAACUAGCAUUCAAUUAAAGGGAAAGGAGGUUUUCAGACCUCCUGUGAUGAUACUCAACUUUAUUUCU